CGAUGUGCUUGAGAGCGAGUGAUUGAUCAAUGUUGAUCAUUUUUAUUCAGAUUAAGCUCUUCUCUCUUGAUUUGUGAUUCUUAAGCUCUGUAUUACAUUCUCAGCAAUUCUAAUUGAAUAUAGAAGCAUCAUUCAGUGAUUCCGUUAGAUCCUUUCAGAAUCUAUCACAAAGAGUAUAUAAAUUCACUCUCUUCUCAUCAAAUUAAUAAGGAUAUUCCCCAAACUCAUCGUAUUAACUCUUAAGUAAGGCUCAUACAUACCAUACCACCCUUUUAUUGGAUUAUUUGUUUCUUCAAAAUCUCUCAACACAAAAAGGAGAAAAAUGGGAGGCUCCAUUCUCUUCCUCCUCCUCGCAGUCGUCUUCCUCUUCUCCUCAUCUGCAGACGCCUGCGACCGAUGUCUUCACCACUCUAAGGCAUCUUAUUUCUCCUCUGCCUCUGCUCUCUCCUCCGGAGCUUGUGCCUAUGGCUCUAUGGCUACGGGUUUCUUCGCCGGUCACAUUGCGGCGGCAAUGCCUUCCAUUUACAAAGACGGCGCCGGUUGCGGAGCUUGCUUCCAGGUCAGAUGCAAGAACCCUACCCUUUGUAGCAGCAAAGGAACCACCGUGAUGGUCACUGACCUCAACAAGAGAAACCAAACCGAUCUUGUCCUCAGCAGCAGGGCCUUCAGGGCAAUGGCUAAGCCCGUUGUUGGCGCCGACACAGAUCUCCUCAAACAGGGCAUUCUCGACAUUGAGUACCAGAGAGUUCCUUGCGAUUACGGGAACAAGAAGAUGAGCGUGAGAGUGGAGGAAUCUAGCAAAAAGCCUAACUACUUGGCCAUAAAGCUUUUGUACCAAGGAGGCCAAACCGAAGUGGUAGCCAUCGACAUUGCUCAAGUGGGUUCGUCACAUUGGAGUUACAUGACCAGAAGCCACGGAGCUGUGUGGGUUACUGACAAAGUUCCCACCGGAGCUCUGCAAUUUAAGUUCGUGGUGACGGCAGGCUACGACGGCAAGAUGGUCUGGUCGCAGAGGGUUCUUCCUUCCAACUGGGAAGCUGGGAAGACCUAUGACGCCGGUGUUCAGAUCACCGACAUUGCUCAGGAAGGUUGUGAUCCAUGCGACCAUCACAUUUGGACCUGACUUACUACUCCAUUCCCCUUUUUAUGAUGUGUAACAGAACAGAACAGAACAGAACAGACUUGUUUAUUAACUGAGAGGAAGAACCAACAACAGGAAUGCAUAAUCUCAAGAUUCUAUUAUAUAAUUUAAGUCUCUUUAAACAAGAAAGCUAAAGAAAGGGAUAUGUGUAUGUACAGAAGGUCUAUUAAUAACAAUAUGUACACCAUUCUUUCUA